UGACGUCUCUCCCUCCCUCUCUUCACUCUCAUGCAGUCAAAUCAUAGCGAUCUGGCGGUCAGAGGUGCAUGCGUCUUCUAACUAGAGAGCAGCUAACACCUUCUGUGGCCGCGUUUGUAAGCUCUGGAAAAGACUAUCACAUCUGGGGGAAGUCUGUCCUAACUGAAGUUAACUAACGUAUCGACAGCGAUCCCAAAAAACCGACAGAAAUGGACGAAAAGGCGUUUACGAAAGAAAUUGAUCUGUGGAUCGAGCAGCUCAACGAGUGCAAGCAGUUGCCGGAGGGACAAGUUAAAAUACUUUGUGAAAAGGCAAAGGAGAUCCUGACCAAGGAGUCAAACGUGCAGGAGGUGAGAUGUCCUGUGACGGUGUGUGGCGACGUGCACGGCCAGUUCCACGACCUCAUGGAGCUGUUCAAGAUCGGAGGGAAAUCUCCAGACACAAACUAUUUGUUCAUGGGAGACUACGUAGACAGAGGGUACUACUCUGUAGAAACCGUCUCUUUACUAGUAUCACUUAAAGUACGUUACCGAGAGCGCAUCACAAUCCUCAGAGGCAACCACGAGAGCAGACAGAUAACACAAGUUUACGGCUUCUAUGACGAGUGCCUAAGGAAAUAUGGUAACGCCAACGUUUGGAAGUACUUCACAGACCUGUUCGACUAUCUCCCCCUCACUGCCUUGGUAGACUCUCAGAUCUUCUGCCUUCAUGGAGGCCUGUCGCCGUCCAUAGAUACUUUGGAUCACAUCAGAGCACUGGACCGUUUACAGGAAGUGCCACACGAGGGUCCCAUGUGUGACCUGCUGUGGUCAGACCCUGACGACCGCGGCGGCUGGGGCAUCUCCCCUCGAGGAGCCGGCUACACUUUCGGCCAGGACAUCUCUGAGACUUUCAACCACGCCAACCGCCUCACACUGGUGUCUCGUGCCCACCAGCUGGUUAUGGAGGGUUACAACUGGUGCCAUGAGAGGAAUGUGGUGACAAUAUUUAGUGCUCCCAACUACUGCUACCGCUGUGGCAACCAGGCAGCUAUCAUGGAACUAGACGACACCCUCAAAUACUCAUUCUUGCAGUUUGAUCCUGCGCCUCGCAGAGGGGAGCCUCAUGUCACUCGCCGCACCCCAGAUUACUUCCUGUAAAUUCUGACCUUUGACCCUUGUACAGUCAUUUCCAGUAUUGCCAUGGUGUAUGACCUUCAACCGAUAACAACAUGAAUGAGGAAGGGGAGGGUGGGGGACUGGGGGGGGGGGGGGCUACACAGCGGUGCACAUUGUAUAUCCACACAAAGACUUAUUUAAGCAUUUAGCAAAAAACUGUCUGUUUAUCUAUGAAUGGACCAAAAGUUGUGUGUCAUAAUCAUUACAAUAUUCAUUGCUGAGGACUUGUAUUGAAAAUCUCCCUCGCCAUGUAAAACAGUGAUGUUUAAGUUCCUCAUUCUCUACCUGGUGUAGCUGGACUGAUGACGCUGAGGUCCAAAUACAGCUGUGUGAACCCCACAUGCCAUGGCUGAUAGUUAGGAGAUCUGAACAUGAUCUGUUUGCACUUUUGUAAAUCUAAACAAAUGUAACAUAUGUCAAAAGAUGGAAAUAGUUUCACACUACAGAUGUCUUUCUUUUUGAUUUUUAAAAAAGUACAAAUAAAGCCCCCAACAGGCAAGCGUUACUUUUAAGGAAAGCCCUUCUUAUGCAGACACACAGCUUGGUUUAUAUGAUGACAGAUGAUGGAGUGUCCAUCCAUCCUCUCUGACCCCCUCAACGACAGUCUGUUAACCAAAACAUUUCAAUAAUAAAGAUGAAGGUGGCUCCUUGAUGUGAA